AUAGACGUGAAUAUAUCGCUAUGGCAGUUUCUCUUGGAGCUCCUCAUGUCAGAAACUCGCAAGGACCUUUUAGACUGGACCGAUGCCAAAGGUGAAUUCAAGCUAAUAAAGGCAGAAGAGGUCGCCAAGCUCUGGGGAAUUCGUAAAAAUAAACCCAAAAUGAACUACGAUAAACUGAGUAGGGCCCUGAGGUAUUAUUACGACCGAAACAUCAUGAAAAAAGUUCCUGGAAAGAAAUUUUCUUACCAAUUUGUCAAC